AUGCGUGUCGAGCUCGUAGGCUUCAGAGUGCAGCACAUUAAACCUCUUGAAGAAGAUGAGACUGAGGAGGAUGAGACUGAACCUUCUCCAGCCGAACCACCAGUUAAGGUACCGGAAGUUCCAACCCCAGUUGUAACUCCAGAGGUACCAGAAGUUGAACCCCCAGUUGUAACUCCAGAGGUACCAGAAGUUGUAACUCCAGGAGUACCUGAAGUUGUAACUCCAGAGGUACCUGAAGUUGUAACUCCAGAGGUACCUGAAGUUGUAACUCCAGAAAUACCAGAAGUUGUAACUCCAGGAGUACCUGAAGUUGUAACUCCAGAGGUACCUGAAGUUGUAACUCCAGAGGUACCUGAAGUUGUAACUCCAGAAGUACCAGAAGUUGAAGCCACAGAGGUUCCCGAAGUACCAGAAGUUGUAACUCCAGAGGUACCAGAAGUUGAAGCUACAGAGGUACCAGAAGUUCCAACUCCAGCUGUAGAGCCAGAGGUACCAGAAGUUCAAUUUCCAGAGGAACCAGAAGUUGUAACUCCAGAAAUACCAGAAGUUGUAACUCCAGAAAUACCAGAAGUUGUAACUCCAGAGGUACCUGAAGUUGUAACUCCAGAAGUACCAGAAUUUGAAGCCACAGAGGUUCCAGAAGUACCAGAAGUGGUAACUCCAGAGGUACCAGAAGUUGAAGCUACAGAGGUACCAGAAGUUCCAACUCCAGCUGUAGAGCCAGAGGUACCAGAAGUUCAAACUCCAGAGGUACCAGAAGUUGUAACUCCAGAAAUACCAGAAGUUGUAACUCCAGAAAUACCAGAAGUUGUAACUCCAGAAAUACCAGAAGUUGUAACUCCAGAAAUACCAGAAGUUGUAACUCCAGGAGUACCUGAAGUUGUAACUCCAGAAGUACCAGAAGUUGAAGCCACAGAGGUUCCCGAUGUACCAGAAGUUGUAACUCCAGAGGUACCAGAAGUUGAAGCUACAGAGGUACCAGAAGUUCCAACCCCAGUUGUAGAUCCAGAGGUACCAGAAGUUCCAACCCCAGUUGUAACUCCAGAAGCACAACCUUCAGCUGAUCAGCCAAAUGUUCUCCCACCAGGCAAAGUUGUAACUCCAGAAGUACCGGAAGUUGAAGCCACAGAGGUUCCAGAAGUACCAGAAGUUGUAACUCCAGAGGUACCUGAAGUUGUAACUCCAGAAGUACCGGAAGUUGAAGCCACAGGGGUUCCAGAAGUACCAGAAGUUGUAACUCCAGAGGUACCUGAAGUUGUAACUCCAGAAGUACCGGAAGUUGAAGCCACAGAGGUUCCAGAAGUACCAGAAGUUGUAAUUCCAGAGGUACCUGAAGUUGUAACUCCAGAAGUACCGGAAGUUGAAGCCACAGGGGUUCCAGAAGUACCAGAAGUUGUAACUCCAGAGGUACCUGAAGUUGUAACUCCAGAAGAACCAGCAGUUGAAGCUACAGAGGUACCAGAAGUUCCAACCCCAGUUGUAGAUCCAGAAGUACCAGAAGUUCAAACUCCGGAGGUACCACAAGUUGAAGCUACAGAGGUACCAGAAGUUCCAACCCCAGUUGUAACUCCAGAAGCCCAACCUUCAGCUGAUCAGCCCAAUCCUCUCCCACCAGUCAAACCCAAACCUGGAAAACCAUCAGAUGAUCAACCACCGGAGCCCUCACGUGACGAAACAGAAACACCUGAAUCUAAAAAGAAAGGUAUGGAUAAAUUACAAUUACCCGGUACUCAAAACUUAUCUGUUAACUUUGUAAUUCUGUUUCAUUGA